GGGACGGGCAGAGAGAAGAAACGGUCUCUCUCUCUCUCUCUCUCUGGUUCUGCUGUCUCUCUCUCCUCAGUGAUUCAAAAACUUAUUCAGGUUUUACUUUCCAUGGGAUUCUGAGCUCUUCGAUCCACCAUAAAGAUUCGUCUCUCGGACUCGGAGAUAUCUUUCCUCAGAGACCACCAUCCCCCCCCAAAAAAAAAACACUCUUGUUGGGGUAGGGAUCAUAGUAGUGAUACUACUACUUCAUUGUUGUUCCUUGAUUCUGGAUGAGGUAUAGGAUCCUCAGUAUACUCUAAAAGAUGGAUCCCCAUGACGAGGCUGGAUGCCAAGCCCCUCCGGAGGGUCCUUUCCUGUGCAUCAACAACUGUGGCUUCUUCGGCAGUGCAGCAACUAAGAACAUGUGCUCCAAGUGUCAUAAAGAUAUGAUGCUGAAACAAGAUCAGGCUAAGCUUGCUGCUUCAUCUAUUGAAAAUUUUGUCAAUGGAUCGUCUAGUAGCAAUAAGGAAGUACCUCUACCUGACAGUGUUAUCGAUGGUGCCAUUUCUGUGGAACCAAAAACUAGUCAGUCACAUGCACUGCCUGCAGUGGGAUCUGUGGAGGGUGAGGAGGCAAAACCAAAGGAGGGUCCAAAACGUUGCAGCUCUUGCAACAAGCGUGUUGGUCUAACAGGCUUCAAUUGUCGGUGCGGUAACGUAUUUUGUGCAGUGCAUCGUUACUCUGACAAACAUGACUGCCCUAUCGAUUAUCACAUGGCUGCACAGAAUGCUAUAACCAAAGCCAACCCUGUCGUCAAGGCUCAAAAGCUCGAUAAGAUCUAGAUUUCUUAAGACGAGUUUGUGUCCUAAAUCGAUGUUCAUAUCCAGCUGUGAGGUGGUUUCCGAUUUGCUGCAAAUCUAUGUAUUGUCGCUUUAUGUUCAUAUAUAUGCUGAAGAGAUUGCAGUUACAAUAUAUCCGAAUUCUGAAAAAUCUAUUUGCUUGUGAUUCAUUGUUUGUGGUUGUUUCAAUGGACAUCAUCGUUGUUGGCCUUGUAAUGCUCUCUUUGUGUUGUAGCCGUCCUCUUGACUACUAUGAGUGACCUCGCUGUUUAGUAUUUUGAGGCCGAGUUGGAAAUUUUCUGAUGCCCUUAUGUUUGGCCUUCUUAGC